ACUAUUGUAGAUAAUGUUCGUGUAUAUAUUGAAACUAAAAUACCUAAAGAUUUUGUUAAUCAAACCAUUUCACAAACUAAUGAAUCAUUCUGUAAUGACAUUGGUACGUUGGAGGCGUCAUCUAUUGUAGAUCCUUCAAGUCCAAUGGUCAUUGAAGAUGAAACUCAACUAAAUGAUUCAAUGGAAGUGCAAUUUAGAGAUGAUAAGUCUAUACAAAAUAAUCUUUUCAAUGAGAAAAAUGAGAAAGAAAAUAUUCUACCACUCUCAUAUGCUGCCAAAGUAUCCGUUUGUAUGGCUAUUCUCAUGUAUCUAAAGGAACAUCUAAAAAAAUCCUUUGCAUUAAGUGAGGCAAAAUGUCAAAAUUUUAACCCAGCACAAAGUGGGACGCAUAAGGAUAAACCUGCCUUACGGCAUCAAAAUGCACCAUUGGUUAUAUCAUGGGACGGGCUUCCUUUCGUGGAUAAACAGUUAGUUCUGGAAAACGAUAUCCGAGAACAAUGUGAAAUGUUUAAAAAACUUAUGGCUGAAGACGGUACUAGAGAUCCCGACGAUUUAU